GUACGAAGUUCCUUCUAAAAUACUGUUGUUCAUUGGUCGUAUGUAUGAAUUUCAUAGUGUUCGCAGGUUACAAUAAAUCAGACAAUUUUUCAAUUAAAGUUGAAUUAAGAUUGGAAUUGUAGUGUAGUGUGCAAGGACCAUUAAUCGUAAGAUACAGAAUCGAGAACUAUUUAAUGGAUCCGACUAUCGGUUGGUAUCAACCGGAGCAGUUCGGCCCUGCUAAGGAUUUGUGGUUACACAUUUGGGAAGCUGAGAAAGGCCUGGAUAUUUUAACGUUGAAAAACGACUCGUCUUCGAAUGUAAUGGGAAUGAAGCUUCAACAAGACUUUAUGUCCUUGGAUUCUCUUAAUUCUCGUACAGGGGACCGCAUGCAACAUAAUACUUGCAGCAACUAUUAUAAUCCAUCUCGUAGGAAAGGUGAUAAUCGUGCUAGUACCUACGGCAUGAACUACAAUUACGAUGCCUUAGUUGGCGAAUACGGCGGUUGUCCAUGGCGGGUACCUAAUAAACAUUAUUCGAAGGGUGUUAUUGGAUUACAUGAAGAAAUUGAAGAUUUUUUUGCUUAUAUGUGCCCCUCUAAUGAAGAACAUAGUUUACGAAUGCGUGUUGUCAAAAGGAUAGAACAAGUAAUAUAUGAUCUCUGGCAAGAUUCUAAGGUUGAAGUAUUUGGCAGCUUUCGCACUGGUUUAUAUUUACCUACAAGUGAUAUAGAUUUAGUAGUAAUAGGAAUGUGGACAAAUCUUCCAUUACGUACUUUGGAACGUGCUUUAUUGGAUCAAAAUAUAGCUGAACCAUCUUCUAUUAAAGUUUUGGAUAAAGCUAGUGUCCCAAUUGUAAAGUUGACUGAUAAAGAAACUGAGAUUAAAGUAGAUAUCAGUUUUAAUAUGAAUAAUGGCGUUAAAUCUGCAGAAUUGAUAAAUUCUUUUAAAAAGAGGUUUCCAGUACUGGAAAAAUUAGUAAUGGUAUUAAAACAAUUCUUGUUACAAAGAGACCUGAAUGAAGUGUUUACUGGUGGAAUUUCCUCUUAUAGUUUAAUACUUAUGACUAUCAGUUUUCUACAGUUACAUCCCAGACAAAAUGCUUAUUGCUCAAGUGCUAAUCUUGGGGUGCUGUUAAUAGAAUUUUUGGAAUUAUAUGGUAGGAAAUUUAAUUAUGUUAAAACAGGAAUUCGUGUAAAAGAUGGUGGUACUUACAUAUCGAAAGAAGAGGUUCAAAGAGAUAUGAUAGAUGGCCAUCGACCUUCUUUAUUAUGCAUAGAAGAUCCACUUACACCAGGGAAUGAUAUUGGUCGUAGUAGUUAUGGUGCUCUGUAUGUAAAAGACGCAUUUGAUUGGGCUUAUUAUGUCCUCUCACAAGCAGUUAGUCCUUUAAAUAUCUUAGUUAAUGAUGCAAAUAAAAUAAGUAUACUAGGAAGAAUAAUUCGCGUGACAGAUGAAGUAAUAGAAUAUCGCAAAUGGAUUAAAGAAACAUUCCCACUACCUUUGAGUGAGGUAGAUUCAUUAUCAAGUUCUACUGCAUCUGAUGCUUCAACACUAUCUGCACCAGCUAGUGAUACGGAUUCCGAGUGUAGUCGUGGAAAUUCUCCUAAUGCUAGUGGAAAAGGAGAAGAUAGAAAUAAAGGAAGACAUGUAUAUAAUAAUCAACAUACUCAUCAUCAUUCACAAUGGAAAAAGCCAUUUAAAGGAACUGCUCAUGGUAAUCAUCAUCAUAGUUCCAGAGGAAACUAUCAUCAUCGUGGAAUAAAUAAUAAUAUAAGCGGACAAAGUAAAGCGAAACACUCUCUUCACAGUAAUGGAAAUAAUAAUAACAGCCAUAGUCCAAGUUCAAGAUCACAAACCGUUAAACGAAAAAAACAGUGCAUUACACCUCGUGGUACUGGAGAUUGUGUACGGUGAUGAAACGUGUAAAAUAAUGUUGGACUUUGUUUCACACUUAAGUAGAGAGCUCAAUAUCAUAAUUGUGUGGUGAAAAGACAUUGAUUAACUUUCAUCACGCAACUAAAUUAUCCUUUCCACUUUAGAGGGGCUCUGUGUCUAGAAUUAUAGAGUUGAUAUACUCUAUAUUACAUUUUUCUUAUAUGGACAAGCAAGUGGCCCUGGUAUAGUUAAGUUCUUCAUUUCACCAGAACAAUUUUUUAUUCUGUACGAAAAUUUACAUACCAAAGACGUACAGAAUUGUAAUAUAGAUUGGUCUAAUUUUACUUUUAUUUUGCAUUACUGCACAUAUUACAAACAACAUUAAAAAAGACGUGUAAUAUUUUAUUAAUUAUUGUUUACAAAGUUACAACCUUAUUGCAAUCUUCGAAUAGCAAUUGUGUCCAUAAUUACGGUAAACUGAUUGUAAUACAUUUAUAUAAUACGAACGAUAUAUACAAAGAUUAUUUACAGUGCAGUUUUCUUAAAGAUUUCAUGAAGUUGUAAAACAAACUUUAAUAAUGAUGAUAAAGACUUAGUUUUCUAUACGGAACUAUAUUCUUAUAACAAAGGGAUAACAGAAAAAUUGGUGAUAUUGGAACUUACCUAUUGUAAAUAUUGUAAUAUAUAUUAUCGAACAUAGAAAAAUAAGUCUAAGAGUUACCUACUACAUUUUUUUUAUUUUGUACGUAUCUAAAAUAGUGUUUGUUAUAAUAAUUUUAUCAUUUAAGAUCAUGGAUUAGUCCAUGUACAUGUGAGAAUUACGUAUUUUUUUGCUAUGAUAUGUAAGUCCAGUAGUUGUGAAAAUGUUUUGGUAUAUCUUUCGGAUUUUAAUAAAGUUAUAAGUUCGUGUGCCGAUGAUCAACAAAUUUUGAAUAAAAAAUAUUUUUGAAAAUAUUAACUUAUUAAAGAAAAAAAUGAUACACUUUAGAUUUUUACACUGUGUUCUUUAAAGUCGUAAUUGUGCAUAAUGCUUUACUUUUUAUACAGAAUUACUGAUUUCAUAACACUAGUUUGUAAUUUUUAGUCUCUCCUGAACAAUAAUACAUUAUUUUUAUAUUAUGAGAAUAAUAGUAAGCAUAUACAUUAUGGUCGAAUAUUACAAAUUCAAUGCACGAAUCAGAAAUUGCAUUUAAACAUAUUUUGUGUUACUCUUUAAAAUCUGAGCAACGUUUCAAAAAUUUUGUAUGUGACAAUAUAUGCAGAAGGCCUUUGUAUUAUUGAAAACUAUUAUUGAAAUGUACUUGUGAAAAUCAUCUUAUAUCUAAUUUAUUAUUGAAAAUUACAUUCCGUUCUUCAAUACAAAUAUUUGUUCCUUAAAUUGAAAAAAGAUAACUGCGUAAAAAUAGCAAUUUACUAAUUAAGAAUUUUUAUCCAGAUUGCAUUUUGUGUUAAUGCAAGUUGUAAUGUGAUUCAAACAGUGUCUCCCAUUAAAUUCGAGUGCAGAGAUCAAUAACUCUAUUAUUCACUUUCCUCCAAACUUCUACUUCUUGCGCAGUAUUCUAUAAUAUUAUUUAUCAAAACAUUGUUCAUGGAUAACAUUGUAAGCUGUGAUUCAAUUUUAUAAUUAGAAUGUCAAUUAACCGUAACAACAUACAUAUGUGUGUGUAUACAUGUAUGUAUGGUGUAUGUAAACCACAAUGUGACCAGCAAAAAAUGUGGAUUUUACAUUCUUAAAGCUAUGUAAUUAUUAUUACUAUUGUUAUUGUUACUACCGCUGAUUAAUCUGCAAGGAUGAUUAUAAAUUUUUCAAUUAGAAUCAAAUUUUCGUAAGAAUUUAUUAUUAAUAAUUUGUGAUUUAUGUUUAUCUAUUUUCAAAAAUUAUUUAAAAAUGUAAAACGACAAAUUUAAUAAACAGUAAUAACAGGUU